AUUGAAACCAACUCUCCAGACAAUUCCUAGUUCAAACUCUCUAGAGAGCAUAGCUAGGUCUUGGUCCAAUCCAGCGCCAAUUCGCAUUCUACCUCAAAUGGAGUGAACGGUAGCUCUUGUACCCAUCCAAGACACCACGAACACACUGCUACUCAAACACUCACAGCUUCUUUGAACUCUUUGUCCCCUCCCAAAAAAGCACGGAGUGUGAAGACAAGCACCAUGUCCUCCUCCGAUCCCCCGCCAAGCUGCAGCACACCAAAGCCCUUUUCCCUCUCCCUGGGCAAAGGAAGUCCCAACGGCGACAGCGGCAACCCUCCCAAGAAACCGACCACCUUCAACCUCAAAUCCACCAAGCCUACCGAUCCUUCUUCUUCGUCAAGUACGCGCUCCCUCCCUCUCGCCGCGCGCGGUGGUCGCCCCACACCCCGACAACUUCACCAUGACGACGACUCGGACGACGACGACGACGCUGCUCCCGCCCACGAAGAAGUCACCGGCUUCGAUACGGUCACGGGCGGCGCCAUCUCCGCCGCCGACGCGGCCGCCAACCAGCCGCUGGUGAUUCCGGUGACGAGUACCAAUAAUUGGCGGGAUCGGCCGGGAAUCAGUCGUCGAGCAGCGCCGGCGCAACAGCGGGGUACGAAGAACCUGCUGCCGAAGGAGGUCCAGGCUAUCCAGGAGGCGCAGCGACGCGGGGAGAUCGCCGGGGCGACGGUCGAGACGGAGGGGCCGAGCACGGCCUAUGGGCUGAGUUUUGCGGCGGCAAAGAAACAGGAUCUAGAUGGGGAACAGGAAAUGGAGGAUGUCGGGCCUCAGAAAGCGGCGGAUGAGGAGAGGGAUAGGGCGGCGCCCAUGACGCAGGAUGAGAUCGCGUUGCAGGCGCUCAUUCGGGAGAGCAAAGGCGAGACUGCUGAAGGGGGUCGGUCGGAUCUGGUGAUUGAGGCUGCUGCUGCUGCUGGUUCUGCUGCCGGGGAAUUCGGCGAGACGAGUUCGUUCCGCGCGGAUAUUGCCUCGCGACCCGAAUCGGCGACGCUGGAUCAGUAUAAUGCGAUCCCUGUGGAGGAGUUCGGCGCGGCGCUGUUGAGGGGAAUGGGCUGGAAGGAAGGGCAGGCUGUUGGCAAGGGGAAGUAUGGGGGUGCGACGGCGAAUCAGGGCAAUAAAGCGCGAGUCCCGGAGCGAAGGCCGGGGUUUCUGGGGAUCGGAGCCAAGGAUGUUUCCGGGGGUAAAGGCGCAGAGGCGGAAUUGGGCGCGUGGGGAAAGGCGGCCAUGCGCAAAGGGUCGCGCAAGGCCGGUCAGGAAGGAGGGAUGAAUACGGAGGGUGUCUAUAUGCCCGUCAUGAUGCGGAAUACGAAGACGGGCGAGUUUAUCACCGAGGAGGAACUGUCGACCAUGAAGAAGGAGGCGAAGAAACAGACCGAUGAUGACGAGUGGAAGGCACGGCGAGAUCGCAAUCUGGAGAGGAGCAGCAGGCGCGAUCGGGAUGAUCGUCCCAGAGAGAGUGACCGCGACUUCCGGCGGAGGGACUACGAUGACGACAGGCGCAAGAAUGGGUCGUCGAGGAGGGAUCGGAGUCGGUCGUCGAGUGAUCAGCAUUCGAGAAGACGCAGAUAUGAGGAUGAUGGCAGUGAUAGCCGUGAUGAUCGCUAUUACCGAGAGAGAGACAGAGACAGAGAUCGUGACUCUCGCCGGGACCGGGACCGGGACCGCGAAAGAGACAGAGACAGCGACAGGAACAGGGACCGCGAAAGAGACCGCGACAGGAGCCACCGAUCUCGCGACGACGACCGCUACAGUUCGAGGUACUCCUCGUCGAAUACUUCAAGCAGACAUCGCGAUCGCGAUCGAGACCGCGACAGUGACCGCGACUCACAUCGGAGACGAAGGUAUGACGACCGGUGAAAGGUAUUUCAGAGUCGACCUACGUGUAUAGUCAUGGAUAUAGCCUCUUCUUCUCUGAAGAUGUCGCAUUAACACCUAAAUGAACAUAACUUUU